CACCUGUUUACUCUUCUCUUUCUCUUCUACACAGUUCCUCCACAUACACCACAAUCACAGAGCUCAGGAUAAUGGCAGACAAGAGUUUGGAAGACCUCGACCCCUUCAACUGCCCCAUCUGCCUGGAUGCCUUCCAAGACCCUGUGACGAUUCCCUGUGGACACAACUACUGCAUGAGCUGCAUUAAACACUACUGGGAGAAGAAUGGCAGCAGAGACGCAGGUUACACCUGUCCCGAGUGCAGAAAAACCUUCUCACCUCGACCUGCGCUCAACAAAAACACCAUGUUCGCAGAAGUGGUGGAGCGCUUCAAAAACACUGGCCUUCAGGACACUUCACCUGCACGUUAUAGGACACCUGUACACAUCAAGAGACAAAACGGCACUACACAAAACCCCAAACCUUCAAGGAUACUCCCAGAAAUGGACAGGACUCACCUGAGGUAUGACAGUCCUAGAGAAAAGCACACGGUUAUUGUUGUUGCCGGAGAGCCCAAAGAAAAUAUUUGUUUGCGCCACAGGACAGCUCCAGGUGUUUGUUCUCAGUUUUGUGCGUCUUGUUUUGAUGAAGCCUGGCGGCAACACAAAGCGUUUUCGGCGGCACCUCAGAUCACACAAACGCUGGAGAGCAGGACGACUCUUGUCAAACACGAGCACAGGAGUAGAGAUAAAACUACUGGACGCGACAAGAGGACAUCCAAAAAGAGGGUUCAUGCAAGUGGACACAGGAGUGGACAUACUCGAGGUCCUAGAAAAGGGCGCGAAAGUCAUCGGCGUAAAAGUAGUGGACACAGAAGGGACUCUCAUGAACACAGACAUCAUGCUGGACACAGAAAGAAGAGACUGGGAGUUAUGGUCAUGACAGGGAAUGGCACUGAGAGAACCAUUCUGGAUAAAAUUGGAUUGUAGGCUGGGAUUCAAAAGUGCCAUAUACUGCAUUGGUUUAAUAACUUAAAUUGUUCUCUACAUUUACAAAGUAGGUUCAUGGCUUCGAUAAGUUAAAAAAAUACCCAGAAACGGUUUUAAAAGCUUAUUUAUUACUCCCAUAGAGUAAUUUAUUAUACCCAUAGAAUCAAAAGGUCCAUGAUUGACCAUAUAUGGCUCGUGUCGUGAAUAUUAAUGAGCUCUGCUCUAGCGUGGGGCUCUUACAGAUGAGCAAACACACACACACACACACACACACACACACAGACACACACACACACACAAAAUAUGUUGUACACGGACAAAUACAAACCCUUAACCUAUUUUGCUCACCAGAUCUGUUGUGGAUAAAGGGUAAAUUAUAAUUAAACUUGACAAAAUAUAGUGAUAGAGAUGUAUGGCAUUGAAUUUUGAAGCUACAGUCAAAGAAAACACAGCCAGGAAUUAAUUUCAACCUCUGCGUGAACAUAUGGCAGUUGAGCUGAGUGAUUUGACACCAUUCAGCAGUCUACAUGCGUUUGUUGAAACACGCAAGUAGACUGCACAAUAAACACAAUAAAUUAUCAAAAUACGUAACUAAACAUACCUUAUGCCUCUUCAGAGUGGAGAUGAAUAAUUGUGUAAUCUGUAAAUCUUCCAUUUUGCAUUCUGAGGCCAGUUUGAACCUGCUUUUUGCUGUCCUUGCCCAGUAACACACAGUAAACAAAUUGCCGCUCACGCUUUCAAAAUAAAAGUCCCACAUACAUCAAUCUCAGUUUGCAUCAUAAAGGCUGCAUCCAGAUACUAUUGGAAAUGUAUGCUUAAAAAUAACUAAAGGAAGGAAAAUUAUCAUUGUAGUCUCACUGUUGCUUAUCAUACGCAGCAUGAGGCAUGCAUAUUAAUGAUCUCAGAGCUUUUUUAUGAUCUCUGAGCUUGAUGACAUGGCUGCUCGUCAGGUCCGGAUGAACAACCCAAAUUAGGCAUACAUGCAAACGAGGAGGGCAUGGACCGUGAGUCUCAUCACAGUUUGUUUUGUCUUCUGAUUGGCCCGUUGUCCACUGGGGCUUUACACUUGUGGAGUUCAGGGGCGUAUUUAGUGAUUUUGCGGCCCUAAGCAAUUUUAGCCAUAGGGCCUUAGUCCUGAAAUUCACCCUUUUUACUUUAAUUUAGUUUGUAUUUAUAUUGCUGUUUUUUUUAUACCACUCAGUCUUCUUUUCAACAUUUUAAAUUACCAUACAAUACAAUACUUUAUAGUCAGACUUGCAUCUGACAUUUUUCUUACAUAACAGCAUGAUAAAUACUCCUUACAAAGAGACAAAGAUGUACAAGAAAAACAAGAAAACACACAAUUCAAUUCAAUUAAUGCAAUCUCUACAUUUUAAACGAUUAGUUUUCUUAACAUGAAUUUACAACAAAUUAUAAUAUUUUAUUAUAAAUCUUAAUGGAUAUUUUAUUUUGUAAUAUUAUUAUUAUUAUUAUUGUUACAUAACAUUGCAUUAUUAUAAUAUUACAUUUGAUUGCAUAAAAAUAUUUAAUUACAUUAAAACUGUAUUUUUAACUCUCACUACUCAAAAUAUGGUAGAAAACAAUGUUAUACAUAGUUUAUAGGUAUAAUUUUAACUUCUAGAUAUUUAUUAGGGGCCCUCAGAUUUCCUGCGUCCAUAAGAAGCUGCUUACCUUGCUUAUUGGUUAAAUCUGCACUGGUGGAGUUUAUAUGAAAACGAGGAAUCUAUGGUGUCUGAGGCUCACAGUAUGCCCAUUUCCAUCUACUGAUCUUUUAUUAAUCUGCCAUACCAUGGCAUACUCAGAUUUUCAUUAUAGGGCACCUUUAACACUUGAAGUGUUGCAGAUGCCGUGAUGAUAUGUUGGUUCUGGAUUGAACUGCAAACCGAAAGCUCACAUCACAUGUCUUUUGUGAACCACAGAAUUGCCUUUCUGGCACACAUUUAUUGUGCAUGGAUUAGCACGAAUGUUUCAUGAUGUUUGCUAUUAAAUGAUGAGAAUAACAACAACUCGUACAUUUCAUUUUAUAGAAUGUAGCUAUCAGAAUGUGGGCCUAAAUUACUAAACAAAUGGUUUGAUUUUAGUUUACUUAAAUGUUAAUUCUGCCAUCAUUUCCUCAGCCUUCACUUAUCCAAAACUUGUUUGAGUUUCUUUUGUUGAACACAAAAGGAGAUAUUUUGAAGAAUGUUGAUUGCUGGCACCUAUUGGCUUCUAUAGUGUUUUUAUUUCUUAUUAUAGAAGUUGAUGAGUGUCAGCAACCAGCAUUCUUUAUAAUAACUUGUUUUGUGUUCAACAGAAAAAAAUAAACCCCAUAAGCAUUUCAAACCAUCUAGUGAACUAUUCCUUUCAGAUUCCAGUUCAUUAUUACUUUUUCUAAAUGUUUAUAAACAUUGCACUCUAUUUCUAGUCUGUAAGUUUCACAUCCGGGACUGGAAGUCAAUUAAAAACCAACUCUUACGUGAUCUCUUUGCAAUAUCAUUUAAAUAAGUGUAAAUGUUGACACCCGAAGCUUGAUGUGAACAAAACAGGAUGAGUCUCAGUCUGCUUCCACACUGACUCUGAUGGGGUUUGACUGUAAGCUGAACACAACACAAACUUCUAAAUGAACCAUAAAAGACUUGGUAACAAAACGAGACCAUAAAAAGGACAGAAUAAAGAAGCAUACCUGCUUUGUUCUUGUCGUGUUUAUGAUGCUGCCAGUUAUGGUUCAAAACCGGCAUCAGGAACUCAUAUCCUUGCUGCAGAUCUUCAUUUGUGUGAGAUGGAGGAAUUCCUGGAGUGGUUUUGACUGCUUUACAGAUUUAAUGUGGUUGUCACGAGCUCUCAACUGGUAAACAUAUCACAUUUAUGCAAAUAAAACAACUGCAUUUAGCCCAGCUCACAGCGUUUUUCUUUUUCUUAAACGACAAGAUUGAACAGAAUUUACCCUCAUAUAUUUUAAGUUGUCCUUGCAUGU